AUGUCGCGGGCAGACAUAUACCUGGCGCUCUGUUUGUUGGACGCGAUAGAGGAUUCCAACAUCGACGCGUUGAAGCUUUUGCUAGCCAAACACAACGCUAACCCAAACACGAUCGUGCUAGAGAAAGGCAUCGCUCCAAUGCAUCUGGUGAUCGGGGCAGAUGAUGUGACCUUCGCAGAACGCGCCACCGCUCUCAUGUUACAACAUGGCGGUGAUGCAAAUUUGCCUGCCACCGAUGAAAGGCUAACCCCACUACAUGUGGCAGCUAAUCUAGGACGGGUAGGAAUCGUCCGUAUGCUCCUUGCGGCCAGAGGCAACUUGGAGCUGCUUGACGAUGAAGGACGCACGCCAAUUCAACACGCGAUCAAAGAGGAACACUUCGAGGUGGUCCAAGUGAUUCAAAACCAUGUAUUCGAAGCAAAAAUUGAACGAAAGCGUAAACAACUGUUGUUCGAGCACCACCAGCAGCAGCAACAGCAAAAACAAAUUCAACAGGAUCAAAUUAUCCUUUCUCCCAGAAUGCGGCACAUCAAGAGCUACUGUGGUUUUCUACCAUCCGGACAUUCCACCCGGCUGCAGGGCGACACGCUGUCCUCGUUGCAGAUGCUCGAAGAGCGCAAACUUACGCCAAACAAAAUACAUUACAAUUUUGAUGCCACCAGUCCGUAUUAUGUGAACAUAACUCAUCGCCGAAAGGAUCGUUUCAAAGCUUGCAGCGAGAGUGAUAAACAGGCACGUUUCGCCAAUAAGCAUUCAAAUAAUCAGGAAAAUAUUUCCCCAUUAGAAUCGUCCAAAGAUUCCGAGCAGUCCGACGAAGAGCUAAACGAAACACAAGAAGAAACGGUUGCUCCCUAUCGUACAAAUCUUUUCGAAUUAACGGAACGUAAUUUAAAGAAUUUUACACAGGAUCGCGAAUCAACAGGUGGGCGUACUUCGUUCAUCGAAUGUUGGCGGGAAAAAAUCGCAGAUCUUAGAAGACGAAGUCAAAUUAGUCGACGAUUAGACGACAUUGAUAAAAUUUUAAACAGUUUCUCGGAGAAUCUGGCCGUGCAUUCGUUCAUGGACGAGGUGGAGGCAACUUUUGUAACUGCGGUAGAUUCUGACCGACGAGACCAGCUCGACGAAGAAUCGAUUGAUUCUUGCGAGGAAGACGUGGAGGCCAUUACAGUUGCAUUACCACAACGAACCGAACAGGAAGUAAAACUUGAUGAUACAGAACUGCAACACCAGUCGUCUGCUCAUGAAUCCGUGGAACUGCAGUCUGUGGGGCAAGAUACAAUUAUUCAGAUAAGUGAGGAAUACAUCCACACCGACGACGAAGCUGGUGUGGUGUUUCGGGAGAAAAAAAUGACCUCAGCACCUAAGAACAUUCCAAAGAUACAAAUAAUCUCAGAUAUCGAAUCUGAAAUAUCUGCACCAGCAAAUACUAGGAAAACAUUACCACAGGCCGGCUCGGUUUCAGCCAGCGAAAGAGGUCAGUCUUUCACCAGUCUGUCUACAUGUGUCCUUCCGCUAGACUAUGAUACCGAUGCACUACGAACCGAGUUGACCAUGUUUGGUGAGCCACCUGGUCCGAUUGUAAAAACGUCUAAAAAAUUGUACCUUCGGAAGCUGGUGAAGUUUCGACGACAUGCAGGGCGACAGGUGGUGGCUUGUAGUACAACCGAUUCUAAGGAAAUCGCUCAAACCAAUUAUUCCGUCGAGCUUAUGGCAACGGUACGAAAGGAAGAUGCGUUUCAAGCAAUCGUCAAACACCAGAGUCUGGAGCAUGAGAUGGCCUUCGAGUUUCAAUCAAACACGACCAAAGUGGUGCGCAAUUUUCGAGAAGGACACCUGAAGAAGAGUUUUAUCUAUUUGUUGUUAGAUUCUCGCAUCAGCGAUAACCUGCCGGCGCAGCAGAAUCUCAUGGAACCACACGAGCUUUGGCAACGGUUCCUCAGUUCGGUGUUCUAUGUAGGGAAGGGCAAAAGUAGUCGCCCGUAUUGUCACCUGUACGAUGCGAUGAAGCUGUACCAGCAGAGAGGUGAGCUACCGCAGGGAUACACUGGAGUUGAAGGUGGUGGGAGCCUGACUGUCGAAGCGGAAGAAAUAAUUUACCAAUGCACCGAAGAAAGUUUAGCCACCGUCGCCGGUAAUAACAUCCGGCGGUACUGCCAAACUACGACCAAGUCUCUCAAUCGCAAGCAAAUGUCCACGGACAGCGAAAAGCUGAACCGGAUCAUUGAUAUUUGGAGUUCCGGUAAGGGUGUUGUGUGUUUGCACGUCUUCCACAACAUCAUGCCGGUGGAGGCAUACACGCGCGAGGCGGCCAUCAUUGACGCGUUUGGGGUGCAAAACCUUACCAACCUCAAGCGGGGUGAUUAUUACGGCAAAUGUCAGUCGUGGCCGAUGAAGAAGCGCAAGCAGCUAGGCAUACUGUUGCUUCACAAGGCGAUGCUGAUAUUCUUGGCCGAGGGUGAAACGCACCUAAUGCCAAAUGACUUGAUAUAG